AUGCUCUUCUCGCCGUUUUUGCCCGAGGACGGUCUGUCGGCGGAGGGCGAGGGGUUUCUGGAUGGGUUGGCGCCGCUGAGUGCUUUUCACGAAAACGAAGAAUCUCCUCUUGCCGUUCCGAGUGACGAUCUCGACGAGCUGGAUGCGAUUCUCUUCCCAUCCCUGCCCGGUAGCAUGGCCAGCAUCGCCAGCAGCAGCAACCUCUGCAGCCCCGCCGCUCUCCCGCCGCCGCAGCAGUGUCACCCCUUCCACCAUCGCGAGCACCCGCCUUGCAAGCACAAGCAGAAGUACAAGCACAAGCACACGCUUAAGCAGAAGCUUCGCGACUCCCCCGUUUUCCGGCGCGACAGCGCGGCUGCGCGCCGAGCGUUGGAGCGCCUGCUGGCGGACGGCGGGAUCGCCGGCAAGCGAGCUCGCAGCGCGCGCGGGAGCAUCCGGAGCUGCAGCAGCUGCGGCCAUGGCGGGAGGAAGAACGAGAGUGGCGCUGGAGGGAUGCCGCUGGCGGUCCGCGAGGUGCGUGAGGUUGGCGAGAAUGGGUACGUUCGUGACGUUGGCGAGGACGACCGCUUUCGAAGCGAAGGCAGACUGUUAGACGUGAAGCGCGAAGGGGGAGUGGCGGAGACGUUGAAGUUCGAUCGAUUGGAACUGGUCGAGUCGACGCUAGGGCCGCUGGUUGCUCGCAUGGACGAACCGAGGAACGCUGCGAAUGGUGCGACUGCGAACGUUGCAGAUGUCACGACCACCGCAAACGGUGCAACGAAUGGUGCGAGCGAUACUCCGGGUGCAACGGACGGCGUUGACGGGCGAAGCAACGGCGGUGCCACCAGCGGAGGUGCCGCCAGCGGAGGUGCCGCCAGCGGAGGUGCCGCCAGCGGAGGUGCCGCCAGCGGAGGUGCCGCCAGCGGAGGUGCCGCCAGCGGAGGUGCCGCCAGCGGAGGUGCCGCCAGCGGCGCCGACGAUCAUCUCGCGAGUCGACACGACGUCGACGGCAGCGCCACUAGCGUCUCGCGAAGCAACGACAAGACUGUGGGGUGUCACUGCGCUUGUCGCGGAAAAGAAGAGGCAGGUUGCGCAGGCAGGAGCGAGGACAGCAAGGGGAUUAAGGGUAUCAACGGUAAGCGCCCGUGGUCUUCCCCGCUCGUUGCGUACCUCCUCUCUCCGCCGUCCCCUCGCCCCGCGAAGCGCCGAAGCCUCCCUGUCACGCCCGCGCCGUCGCCAAUUUCGCUGGGGGGUUUACCCAGUGGUUUUUUGUCGCCGGAAAUGGAGACAAGGGUUUUCAGACUACCUGCUGCCGCCUCCUCCUCCGCACCUGCUGCUACUCCUGCCCCCUCAGCCACCGCCGCCGACGGUGGCGCUUCCGCUGACGCGCCUGCUUCUUCUCCCGCUGCUGCUGGCGCUGCUGUUGCCGGCGCGUUCCCGUCGCGGCGGUGCUCGCACUGCUCAACAACCACAACCCCGCAGUGGCGCACGGGGCCGCUGGGCGCGAAGACGCUGUGCAACGCGUGCGGCGUGCGGUUCAAGUCUGGUCGCCUGUGCCCUGAGUACCGCCCCGCCAACAGCCCCGGAUUCUCCCCGAACCUGCACUCGAACCUGCACCGGAAGAUCGUCCAGAUGCGGGAGAGGCGCGGCGGUGAGGGCGGUGAGGGGGAUUGCAGCGCUGAAGGCGGGGUUGAGGCAGGGGAGCUUGCGAGGAAGGAGGUUCAGGGUUUAAGGAAGAUUAAGAAGGUGAAGGAGUGUGUGGAGGGAGGAACGGUGGAGGGAGGGCCAGGCAGAAGUGGAAACAUGGGUGUAGCAGUUGUGCAGGAGAAGGUUCAGGUGAGGGUUCAGGAGAUUGUCCAGGAGAGGGUUCAGGGGGAGGUUCAGGAGAGAGUGAAGGAGAGGGUUAAAGAGGGCGGGUGUGUGGAGAAGAAGAAAGAUGAUGGGUCGACUCGUGAGCGUUCCAUGACCACUGUGGGUGGAAGUGCGGGUGCAAGUGCAGCGAUGGUGUCACUUCAGAGGAGCUGCUCUAGUGGAGCUCACCUUACCACCAAUUUUGUUGCUGCGUCAGCCUGA